UUUUGUUUUUGUUAUCAACAUUGAACAGCUACAUUAAAAUGACUUAAGAUUGAGUAUGCAUUCCUACUGAGAGGUCAUAUUAAACAUGGUUGACGGAGAGACCAACCCCACUGCAUCCGGUAGUGAAGGUACCGAUCUGGCAACAAGUGAGAAAAGUUUGCUAAAUUUUUAUCAAAAGAAGUUUGACGAGUAUCAGAAACAAGAUGACAAAUAUAAACAGAAAAUUGACAAGCAUCUGAGCGACUUAAUAGCUGACAGACAUGAACUUGAAGCAGAGGUUUUACGAAGAGGUGAGAAGAUAUCCGACUUGCAAAAAGCACUUGUUGAUCUCCAGCUUAGUUGCUUUGAGGAAAGAGAACGGUUUUUAAAAGUUUCUGCGGAGAAGGAAGAAUUAAAAAAAAAUGAAAAGAAGCUGCAUGAAAAUAUUAGACAGGUUCUAAGUGUUACUCAAGAAAAAGAUUUGCGUGAUAAAAUAAUUUAUGUGCUUAAGGAUCCAAAAGUAGAGAUUGGUUAUAGAAGUGAAGACAAUGAUUCUGGUACUGGAAUUUCCUCAUCUCCGACUUUAGUAAAUAAAUAUCUAAAGGAACAGGUUAAAUCACUACAGUCUCAGCUUGAUGAGUACAUCAAACUUUCCAAAAACAAAGCAGAUGUUGUUCUUGAGGAUUGUAAGCGUGCAUUAGAAAGCGCCAGGGAAAGAAUCAAGCAAGAUGAAGAAGAAAAUAAGAAACUUCGGCAUAAAUUGCAAAAGCUUGAAACUGAAAUGCUGGAAAAUCAACAAAAAAUUGCCAAGAAGAAAGACAAAGAAGAUAACGGUAUAGAGAGUAAUGGCCAAAAAGAACCCCUUAGUUCUCGAUCUUCUAGAGGAAAAUCUUCUGGGAGCACUGAAUCCAUCUCGGAUGUUGCCUCAGGCUUUAAAGACAUGCAUUUAUCCUUAAUUUUGCUGUCAAAAAUUCUUUCUAAACUCAAAUCCAUAUUGAAUAAUAUUCAUAACACUAAAAUAUUUUUGAAAACUCUGGACAGUUCUCAGGUCCCACCUUCUAGCCUCCCAGACUAUGCAGAAAAUACAGAUAUUGUACAACUUGAGACUUACGCAAGGCAAUGCACUCGUUUGACUUAUGAUGUUAACUGUAUGCAAAAAGCUUUGGCAAAUAAGUACUUUUUCAAACAGUCUAGAGGAGCUGAGAAAGUCGAAUCUAUAGUGCCUAAUGUGCUGAUGGAUAACUUACAAGAUGUUUUAAGAGAUCUUGCAAACAGUACAACAGAAGCUGAUUUAAUUAUUUUAAACUUGAAUCGAUCUCGGUUUUUCGAACAAUUACAGUGUGCUCCGGGAAAGGAAAGAAAAGCUGAGAGUCCUACUAGUUGUUUGAAGGAUGCAGCUGAAUUCAAAAAACUUAUUAACACUUAUAAAUGCGUCGGUGGCUCAAUUUCGAAAGCCAUCAAUCUUACCGAAAAGGCUUUGUUAAAGUGUGAGGUGAGUGACUUUGUUGAAGUUAUAGAUGUGCCAGGAACGUCAUAUUCUGUGGACAAAAAAAAGUUAGAACCAAAGAUUGUUAGGAACUUAAGUUCUGAAUGGGUUGAUAAAGGUGCGUUGCCUCUUAAAUCUUAUGAAGUUAUGAAAGAAAAGAAAGUUCCUAAGCAGCUACAAAACUCUGGCAGGAAUUUUGACAAAGGAGAGUCUCGCUCAAAAUCGGCAAAUUUUUCAAAUGUUCAUAGUCAGUCAAAAAGAGAUAAAGAAUCUAGAAAUUCAACACCAGAAUGCUUUGAGCUGGAGGAAGAGUUGACAAAAACUGCAUCGGAUUUUCCUAGACAGCAUGUUAAAGGGAUGUAUGUAAACUUACCGUCUGAACAUUGCUCUCAGCUCAAAUCCCAGGCAUUCCCUACAACUCAGCUAAGGGCAGAAGAUAAAGUAUUCAAGCAUUCAAAAGCAUGUGGACCAAAGGCUAAAACUGGAACAUCAGAAGAUUUGGAAAAACUGAUUAAAAUUUAUAAAAAUGCAAUGAGUGAGGCAGAAGAUCUUGGAGUAGGAAAGUCUGAAUUAAAGGCCCUUUCUAGCAAGCUAAAACUGACUGAAGAGUUUCUUGAAUUAGAGCAAAUAGAAGAAGGUAAAGAAAAUGAAGAUAGAAGCAUUUCAUCAAAACAGACUCAGAGUAUACUUACUUCUCGUUCAUCUACAGAUGAUAUAAUAAGAUGGAUAAACAGAACUCUUGCAAAAGUGAAACAAGUUGAAAGUAAAGAAUGUCUACAAGAUGAUGAAUUAUGCAAGAAUUUAGAAGAAAAAAUAAACGGUUUAGCUAAAAGGUUAAAAGAGCUUUCCGAAGAGUUCAGUGUACAAAACCUACACCAACAAUUCUCUGAAUAUUCAUCUGCAACAAUGAAUAAAUUAGAAACUUUAGCAAAACAGACUAGAGAUUCCGUUAGUGCUGCUGAAGCUCAGAUUGGUACUUAUAAAGCAAAUGUAAAAAUUCUAUCUCAAAAGUUGAAAGAUACUGAAGAACUUCUUCGCGAGAGUGUAAAUGAAUGUCUGUCUCUGAAACAAAAGUUGAAAUCAGAAGAAGAGAAAAGAGAGAAACAGAAAAUGGCAUUUUAUUCAGAGCUCAGACAAAAAGUGUCACAAGUAGCUGAGAUUGAAGAACUGGAAAAAAUACUGGAUGAUGUUAUGUCUUCAGAGGUAGUAAUCUCCAAAGAUAAAAGGAGACCAUCUGGUCCUUAUGAAUGCAUGUACUGCAAACAGGGACCAGGUCAUAAAAUGUGUGAAGAAAAAAUUAAAGAUUUGAGAGCUAACAAUCGGAAGCUAACCACAGAAAUGAAGCUAGUACAACAAGAACUGAAGGAAGAAAAAAUGUGUGCCAGUUCUGACCUGAAACAGGCAGAGAAAGCAAUAAGAGAAUUAACUGCCGAGCGUAACACUUUAAAAGAUUCUGCUCAAUCUUUAGAGUCAAAAUGUUCUUCACUUACUGAGCAGUUGAAAGUUGAGCGAAAUAAAACAAAGAACAUGGAAAGGUAUCGCAAGCUUGAAAUUGAAGGAUUCCAAACAGAUAUAAAAAACCUCAAGACCAAGAUCAGAGAUUUGGAAAAACAGUUAAUGAAGGUAGAUCUUCAUUUUUUCAUCAUGGUUUGGAUAGAAAUCGAUCUGUCUAAUUUAAUAAUCAAAGACUUGGAAACCAAAAUGUGUCUAAACUUAAGUGAAAUUGUUCUUACGUAUGGCUUACCAGAAUUCAAUCUAUAA